AUGAGAGCCGAAACUGGUCCUGGCCAGGCUCCAUGGAGCCACAUGAUUGACAUUAUUUUCGACGCUAGUUCAGGGCGUCGCGUAGAUCCUCGGGCUAAACACGGACGUUGGAAAAAGAAAGUCCACACAGGGGCGCGUCCUUUGGUAUGGCGGACGAAAAUCACCGUCAUGCCUGUUGAGACUACAAUCAUCAGUGCAACGACUGCCGCGUUUUCUUCCGCCGAGGCUCUCGUGUACUCUCAGAGCUAG